AUGGUGGCAUCCGAGGCAGCACAAAGUGGCGCUGCCGGGUCGCCGUCUCGCGCCGCGAUGCUCGCCGCAAGCAACGCUGGUGUCGGCUCGUCAGCGAGCAGCGCUUCGGGCGGCGGCUUGACUGCAGAGGAGGACGUUACUGUUCUCGAGUCGCAGGCUCGGGCGUGGAUCGAGCGAUGCUUGGGUCGGCAGCUUCCGGCGGACCGCUCUCUCCCCGAUAUCCUUGAGGACGGGCAGACGCUUGUGGAGGUGGGGCGGGCGGCUCAGCGCGCAGCCAGGGGAUGGCUGGUUAUGGGGAAGGCAGGGGGAGGCGGAGAGGGGGGAGGGGCGCUUGGGGGGAAGGGGGCGGGCUCUUUUGCGCGAUGGGGCGGGGGAAAGAGCGGAAGCAGGGCGGGGUCGAAGGAAGGGGAGGAUUGGGAGGUGGGGGACGAGGGGGAAGGGGAGGCGGAGCAGGGGGAGGGGGAAGCGCCGUCCGCGGAAGUGGGGCGGAACAUGGCGUUCUGGCGCGCGUGUGUGAAGGUGGAAAUGUUCCUCAAGGUGAUUAUAACGGGGGGCGGGAGGGAGAGGGGGUGGUUUGGGUGGGGGGAGGAAAGGGGUGGGAGGGAUGGGAAGACGGGGAAAGUUAUGGGGGCAAGCGAGGGGAGAAUGGGGGCGGGCGGGAGAGUGGGUUUGAUCUGUCGCAGCAUAGGACUGUAUGACGUGAACGUCUUCACCCUUUCCCCGCUCUUCUCCCCUCUUGCCCUCCCACACCCCCCUUACUCUCUCACUUCCACCCCCCCGCCCCUCACCCCCUCUCCCCUUUGUGCGGGGCAGAUCUGUCGCGGCAUAGGGCUGUACGACGUGAAAAUCUGUCGCGGCAUAGGGCUGUACGACGUUAAUGUGUUUACCCCACCUGAUCUGGUGGAGAGGCGGGAUCUGAGGCGGGUGUAUCUGUGCCUGCGCACACUCAGCAAGCGCACCAUCGGAAUCAAGUUAUCUCUCCCCUGCCCUUAUCGGGGAGGGGAGCCAGUUAAGAUUUCUCAAAAUGUUUUCAUCCUUCACCUUUCGGACCCUAUCCAGGAUUUUGAGGGCAGCAUGGUGACUGCCACGUCAGCAACACGCCACCGGCUCAUGUCGUCUGUAUCCAAAACUAUCCGACACACCACCACCGCCUUCUCCCCCUCUCCCUCCCUCUCCUCCUCCGCCUCUCACUCCAAGCCAGCCCCAGCUGCACCGCCCCCAGCUCUGCCCUCCCCUGCCCCACCGCCCCCAGCACUUUCCUCCCCUGCUCCACCGCCCCCUGCUCUGCCCUCCCCUGCCCCACCGCCCCCAGCACUUUCCUCCCCUGCCCCGCCGCCCCCUGCUCUGCCCUCCCCUGCCGUACCGCCCCCCCCAGCUGCUCCUCCCCCUGAUCUACCCGCCCCAGCUCUGCCCUCCCAAGCUGCCUUUGUUUCCCAAUCUACUACCGUAUCUGCUGCACCCCCUUCAGUUGUACCCUCCCCUGGCGUACCCCUCCCAGUUGCACCCUCCCCAGCAGAACCGCCUCCUAAGCCAGUCCCACCGUCACCAAGUCUACCCUCCCUGGUUCCCAUCUCCCCACCACCACCAGCACCACCCUCCCCACGGGUUUCUGCCCCUCUCACCGCUUCCAACUCCUCCCUUCACCUCCCUCCUCCUGCCACUGCCCCUGCUGCUGCUGCUACUGCCGCUGCCCCUGCCGCUGCCCCUGCCACUGCCCCUGCCACUGCCCCUGCCACUGCCCCUGCCACUGCCCCUGCCGCUGCCCCUGCUGCUUCCUCUCGCUCCCCAGCCACGGGUGAUUAUUUGCCAAACCUGCCGACUUGGCUCGGCCCGGAGCAGCAGGCGGUGGUUCGGUCGCGAUCCCCGGCUCGGGUGCCCCCGUGGGUGGUGAGGGAGGGGGGAGGGCCUGCAGAGGCUGCCCCACCUGCAACAGUCACACCCAGGCAGCCAACACCCCCCCGUGCCCACACCUCCCCUCUGCGCUCCAUCUCCCCUCCCACCGCUUUCCACCCAUCCGAACCGGAGUCCAUCCCUGACACAAGCACAAUGGGGAGGGGCGGAAGGGGGCGGAUGGGACAGCGAGAGGAGUUAGGUUUAUUAGAGCAGCAGCAGGAGGGGCAGCAGGGGAGGGGGUUGGGGGCACGGAAAUGGCAGCUGUUGGCAGCAGCUGGUGCGGCAGUGCUGGUGGGGGGAGCAGUGGUGAUGGCAGCGCAGCGACAUCAACGGCUGAGAUCGACCGGAGCGAGCAGCGAUUGGGAGAGUGAGAAUCCGAGGAGGAGGAGCAGUGACUCACGGAGCAGAGGCACCCUAGGCAAGGGGAAGGGCUCAGCUGAAGCGGGUUUGGAGGCAGCAGUUGGGAAGGUGGAGUCUGAGGGAGGGUUUUCCCACUGGCUGGCUUCUAUGCCCACUGGCGCAAAGCUCAGUGAGAAGGAGUUUGAUGAGAGGUUCAAGGAGCUUGAGAAGGAGGCGGUGGAGGUGGAGGAGGAGUUUCUACGCUGUCUGGGGCCUGCCUAUAACGAGUACGGGGACAACGAUGACGAUGAGGAGGAGAUGAUGUCCUUCAUUGCUGCAGUCACCAGCAAACCCGCCCCGGAGAAGGCCAGCAGCAGCAUUAGGGACAGCAGCAGCAGCAGCAGCAGCAGCAGGGGCGCUGCAAGGUCAGCCGUUGCUGCUCCAGGGGCGGCUGCAGCAGCAGGAGGGGGCAGGGUUGGAGGCAUGCCAGGAGGCACAGCAGCAGGGCAGAGGCGAGCGGCUUUCAGAAUAUCCGAAGAGCUUGCAGGAGAGUCGAUCCAAACGCUGCUGGCUGGUGGAUCAACACAUACGCCCCGGGCUGGUGAGUCGAUGCACACUCCCUUGAGAGGUGUGCCUAGGACCAGCGGCAAUGGAGGCCAAUCAGCCUCAGCCACGGAUGCAGCAAAGGCUGCAGGAAAGGGUGCAGCUAAGGGUGCAGGGCGGGGUGUGGGUGGUGGUGGCUCUAUCGGGAGGGCUGGAGGCCGUGUGCAUGAGGUGCAGCCAGGAGAGACCCUUUCUGGGAUUGCAGUGAGAGAGGGGUGUACUGUUGCGGAUAUUUUGAGGGCCAAUCCUCAUAUUACCUCGCCGAAUUGUAUUUAUGCGCGUGACCGCCUUGUGCUGUAG